UGUCAGUUUAUUUCUACAUCGGUCGAAGAAAUAAAAUAAUUACAAUUACAGUACAGAGAAAUCUUAUUAGUCGUUUUUAACAGAAGUAGGCCGUUGAACCGGACCUAAUUUUCGGAGUUACUCACUUCCUUUUUGCAUUAUUUACCAAUGACUUCCUUAAUUGACAUGAGUUUAGAGGAUAUCAUACAAAAACGACGGAAAGAAAAUAUAAGAUCUAAAAUCAAGCCUCAAAAUGGCAAUCCCAAAAGUCAACCCAAGCCUACAACGGCUACAACUAAAAAAAAGAUUCCGAUUGUGGACGCCAGAAAUAAAAUUAUUUCCAAAAAGCGUACACAAAUAACAGACGCACGUGAAAAAUUAGCUGAACUAGCUAAACAUAAGGAUGCACGUCUGAAACUCGAACAAAUGAGAAAACAGAGGAUUGCAAAAUUGCAAACAAAGGAUAGGAACAUUUUUAAUAGGAAUCAGCUGCCGUUUAUGAGAACUGUCCAAAAUAAAGAAAGAGUAUUUCUAGACCCCUCAAGGCAAGUGCGUUCCCAGCCCCUCCAUAGGGCCAAAAUGGCGGCAAAUCGCCAGCUAACCACUAACAAGAGGAAUAUAGAGACCAGAUCUUUUGAAAAUAGGUCCAUUGGUCUUAGAACAAACAAGUUCUCAGUUAAUGUAUCAAAUUGGAAACAAACUAAAAAUACUGGAAUUACCAGGAGUGCACCAUUGAGACCAAUUGUGAGAACUGUUGAAAAUGACAUUGAAAUGUAUGAUGACCCCAUGGACAGUGAUGUCGAAAUAGAGCCACGGGUUUCUUUGAACCGUAAAGCUAGUCUGCAGCUAAAGAUAAUAGCACAUAACAAUGAACCAAGGGAAAGUAGAAGCUCAGUACACAGGAGCGCUCCGGUAGAACGCGAUAUCAGUCCACCUAGGCCGCCUUCAAUACUAAAGAAGCGUCCAAUGGCUGCGCUCAGAACUGAGAAGAAAGUCGAGAGGCCAGAGAAGCCGAAUACGGAGUACAGGAUCAUCGUCAGCAGCUUGGGCAGUACUGUCACCGCUGGGGAUAUUGAGGAAUUGUUUGGUGACGUUGGCGGCAUGAUAGAGUCCCGUCUUGUCCGUCCGGGCACGGCUGAAGUGAUCUAUAAGACCUUAGAAGACGCGCAGCGAGCUGUCGACCUCUACCACAAACGGCAACUGGACGGGCAGCCAAUGAACUGCUUGUUGGUUACGCCGCGCACUAACACAGCUCCAGCAAGAAGUGGAAACAAACCCGGUUUAUACAGCACCAAUUCAAACGUUGAACCUGAUCUGUCCACUUUCCACAAGGUGUUAUUCAGUAAUUUGUAAGCAAAGACAAUUUGAAGUAGAGAGUUAAAGCCGGGUAUUCAUUAGGCAACUUUUGUUAAUAACCACUGUUUAAUGACUGUUUAUAAACAGUGUUGCACGAUAUUUCAUCACCUCUGUAAACAUGUUUAUAAACAAGGAUGAUGAAAUAUUGUUGCAUAAACAUGUUGCUGUGUUCCCCACUCUAGGUAGAGAACAAGACGAAACAUUCAGUUUAUAAACGUUUAUACACAGAUGUCAUCGAGUGUGGACGUGUGUGACGCAAGUUUAGAAACAUGGAAAUAGUACUACCUCCUCGGGCGACAUCCUAGCAACAACUAAACUAGUGUGGACUGCUAAGUUUCAGAAACAGUGUUUACGGUAAACUUGUGGCAAAACAUGGUGAUCAAAUUCAUAAACAGUUGAUUAACAAAUGUUGCCUAAUGAAUACCCGGCUUUACUGUUAUGGUAAAUUAUGUAGCUACAGUUAAUUUACUGCCAUCUUUCGACAGACGAUUAACACUGUUUGAACGCCAUUUGACUUUGAUCCUUAUUCUUUCACUGAUAUGUGUUAACUUGUUAAAUAUUAAUAUUAACGCCAUCUACUCUAGCAUAGGCUCAAGAUUAUGGCGCCAUCGCUCGAAAACAUUGCACCAUACCUUUGGCCUAUAGUCGAGUAGUUGGCGUUAAUAUUAAUAUUUAAUAAGUUAACAUAUAUAAAAAAGAAUAAGGAUCAAAGUCAAAUAGCGUUCUAACAGUUUAAUGUUCUGUCGAAAGAUGGCAGUAAAUUUACAGUGGCUACAUAAUUUAUUUUGACAAUCCGUCUCUAUAGACUCUAUUCUCUUUGUUUGUAAGUAAAUAAUAUCCAAAAAAUAAUUAUCAACGCAAGUAAGCAUUUCAGACAAGUAGUUAAACAUUUUUUCUUAUGUUUGUGUUAACAUCCAGUUAUCGACAUAUUUUUGUGUGCAUUAUGGUAAGUAAAGAUAUUAAAGCAAACUGAAUAUCUA